CAAAAAGGUACCACGUCUUGUCACUACGAUCGGACGCUUAGAUCAUAGUUUGUAAUCUGUGCGGGGAGUCAACACACUCCAAGAACAGUCAAUAGAGCACACUAUCAUUAACUGUCAUAACUGCCUCUAAUUUUGUAUGGAACAUCCGGCUUAUAUCAACAUAAAACACUGAAUUUUGUACUGCUGCGUCGUGGAGACCCCUUAUUAAAAUUCUGUUCUUUUGCCUGUUCUUGGAGUGCGUUGAGUGAGUGGAUCUAUUCUAACAGUAGUAGCGAUCACACUUGACCCAAACUGAAUAGAAAAUGGUCUACGAUCAUUGAAGCGGUGUCCGCUCCAUAGGUGCUUACUUCACAUGUGUACUGCGGUGCAUGAAAGUAGGGUAGUUUACACUACGAGUGGUUAUUUACGCACUUUACUCUUUUAGUGAGACAAAGGCUUCCAGGACCAUACGAAUUGCCAAAUUUCGUCCAUUGAGACAUAACCUCCCCAAUAUGGUAUUUGUAUGAAAAAUCACUUAUUUGCUUGAACAAACCUAUGGUGUAUUGAUUUGCAAGCACCUCCUCCCACUGCAUGCGAAAUAUAUAGACCGAGAUACGAGUUCCUUUGCUAUCGCAUCCGACUCAUGCACCGUACACAUACUCAUACGAAUAAGAGUGGAACUUCUAAAAUGUCAAAAUUAUUGCUGUGCUUGAUCUUCGUGGUGUACUUUACCCUGAGCAAGUGUGACGAAAAUGGCUACUGUACGUCAGUUGCUGAACAGUUGAUGUGCUUCAAAACUACUCAAGACCACACGAAAAAGGGCGAUCCACUGACGACUGUGCAGGGUCAACCCAUCGGAGACAUUUCCAAUUCAAAGACGGUGGGAAAACGAGGACCUGUACUCCUGGAAGAUGCUCUUCUUCUCAAGGAGACAGCUCAAUUCAACCGAGAGCGAAUACCCGCACGUGUCGUUCAUGGUAAAGGCGCCGGUGCUCAUGGUCAACUGUCAAUUUCCUCUAACUUCCUGGAAAAGUAUUCGAAAGCCGCGGUAUUUCGAAACGGAUCAUCCAAUCCGGUGUUUGUUCGGUUUUCUCAAGCUACCAGCGAACCCGGAACACCGGAUACUGUGCCCAAUCUUCGUGGAUUCGCAGUGAAAGUUAAAACCGAUGAAGGCAUUUGGGACCUGGUUGGUAAUAAUAUGCCAGUUUUCAUAGGUCGUGACGGACGACUGUUCACGUCGAUCACUCAUUCGCAAUUGAGGAAUCCGCGAACACAUAUAAAUGACCGAAAUAUGGCCUGGGACCUACUAUCGCUUCGUAAUGAAUCUACGCUUUUUGUUCUCUAUUCACACAGCGAUCUCUCUACACCCAAAUCAUACCGUCACAUGCCCGGUUUCGGUGUUCACACUUUUAGACUGGUGAAUGACGAAGGAGAUCAUUUUUUCGCUCGAUUCAAUUGGAAAACCGAUCAGGGAAUAAAGAACCUGACGAUGCAAGAAGCACUCAAAUUAACCGCACAAAAUGCGGAUUAUUACGUACAAGACCUGUACGAAGCCAUAGCUCAAGGCAAGUACCCAACAUGGACGCUAACUGUUCAGGUUUUAACUCCGAAGCAAGCUAAAGGCUUGCAUUUUAAUGCCUUCGAUGCCACGAAGGUGUGGUUCACCGACGAAAUACCCGAGCAUGAAGUCGGAAAAUUGACACUGAACAGAAACCAGGACAACUAUUUUGCCGAAGUUGAGCAAUCCGCAUUUGAUCCGGCCAACAUGCCACCUGGUAUCGAACCAUCGCCAGACAAGUUGCUGCAGGCGAGGCUAUUCUCAUAUCUGGAUGCACAGUAUUAUCGAUUGGGCAUAAACUUUAAUCAACUGCCUGUCAACCGACCGGUAAAUAAGGUCAUUGCCAACAGUUAUAGAGAUGGCUUUAUGGUCUAUGAGAACAGUGGUGGUAUGCCCAAUUACAAUCCGAACUCCUUCAUGAAAGCAUCAGCAAUUCCACGAUACAAAGACAGUGCAUAUCGGCUGGGUUCGGAUGUAGUGGACAGACACGAACAACCGAAUGAUAACUUUUUCCAGGCUACAAAGCUGUACGAAAGUUUCGCUGAGACGGAUAAAGCUCACCUGGCCGAAAAUUUAGCAGCUGAUCUUAAGAGGGUUUUUCCUUUCAUCAGGCAGCGGGCACUUCUAAAUUUGAAGGCUGUCAGCACAGACUUAGAACAAAGAGUUCAGCAAAUGUUGAAUUGAACUAGUAACGUUUUCAUUCUGAUAAGGCUUUUGACCAUAAAACUUCAAUUUUGAAUGUAAAUUUGUGACACAUUUUGUGAAAUGUUUCAAUAAAUAAAUUGCAGAGCUUGUCGUAUACGCUGCUAUAGCAACGCACUUCAAGCAUGAACUGAAACAGGACAGUGUAUAGAUAAAGUCCGAGUAACUGUAAACCCAAACACUGACAGCUACACCGUCAUCCACAGAAAACCCUAA